AAGAGGUUUGUACACGGAAGUCAUUCGAGGUUUUCUCCUUCUCUCUUUCUCGGUAAUUUACUCUGUUCGCCUGACAGGUCCCUCAGCCGGAAUGGCAGUCCACCCUGCGGUACUUUGUGCGGGAAGAUGAGCCGUCAGCGUGCGGUGGUUAGCGGACAGUGAACGUGGCGCCGGUGCGGGUCAAUGGACGCGAGAACUUGAGCCGCCGCUGUUUUGACAGCUGGGUUUCGCCUCCAGUACCUGGCUGCUGCGAGCUGGAAGGAAACCACACGCACUGUGCCCAGAGAGGGACCCUCUUGAUUGCAAAGUAAACUCUCUACGCCCCUGAAGUUGCUUUUAGAGGGUUUUUCUAAAGCACCAGUCAAAGAAAGUGUGGUGACCAGCUCCUCUUCCCGGCCGGUGCUCAUGGCUUCCUCCCGGCUGAAGUACCUCUCCCUGGGCGUGCUGGUCUUCCAGACCACCUCCCUGGUGCUCACCAUGCGCUACUCCCGCACCCUGCAGGGCGACGGGCCGCGCUACCUGGCCUCCUCCGCCGUGGUGGUGGCCGAGGUCCUGAAGAUCUUCACCUGCGUGCUGCUGGUCUUCAAGGAGCACAAUUACAGCGUGCGGGCUCUGAACAGUGUCCUUCGCCAGGAAAUAGUGCACAAACCCAUAGAAACGCUGAAGCUGGCAAUUCCCUCGGGGAUCUACACGCUGCAGAAUAACCUGCUCUACGUGGCGCUGUCCAACCUGGAUGCUGCCACCUACCAGGUAACAUACCAGCUCAAGAUUUUGACCACGGCUCUGUUCUCGGUGUCCAUGCUGGGUCGCAGGCUGGGCGUCUACCAGUGGCUCUCUCUGCUCAUUCUCAUGGCCGGAGUGGCUCUAGUACAGUGGCCCUCUGAGUCACCUGGAGCUCCAGAGAAAGAGACCCUGUCCGCAGGCUCCCAGUUUGUUGGUGUGAUGGCGGUGCUGGUGGCCUGCUGCUCCAGUGGCUUCGCCGGCGUUUACUUUGAGAAGAUCCUCAAGGAAAGCAAACAGAGCGUCUGGGUCCGCAACAUCCAGCUAGGGCUGUUUGGCUUUGUGUUUGGCCUCAUCGGGAUGCUGGCGUACGAUGGAGAGAGGGUGAAGCAGUCCGGCAUGUUCCAGGGAUACAACACAAUCACCUGGACUGUCGUGGCUCUGCAGGCGCUGGGUGGUCUGGUCAUAGCGGCGGUCAUCAAGUAUGCAGACAACAUUCUCAAGGGCUUUGCCACAUCACUCUCCAUCAUCCUGUCAACUCUUAUAUCCUACUUCUGGCUCCAGGACUUUGACCCCACCGGUGUGUUCUUCCUGGGGGCCAUCCUGGUCAUUGCAGCCACUUUCCUUUAUGGCUAUGAAGGCAAGCCCUCCCCCAACCCCAGCAGGGCUUAGGACCACUCUCUGCCCCUACGGAGGCACACAGGACGUCCUGUGAGAGGGUCAAGAAGGAAGAGGAGGACAGACAGGAGAGGAGAAUCGAGGGUCGGAGGAGACGAGCAGGAGAAAGAGGGGGAAAGGACUUUGUCAUAGCGUUGUAUUAUGAUCACAAACAGCAGGAGAGGCUUCAGGGCGGAGAGCAGAGGACUGGGAGAAGAGAGAAGCAGGAUGUGGACGGAGAAAAAAACUGCAGAAAGGCCUGAAGAACAGCAGCACGCACAGCGCUGUGAUGGAUCUCAACACCACAAGUGCCUCAGCUGGGAAGGGUAGCCAAGAUGAACUGGAAACUGUGGCUGAGUAAGGAAGGAAGGAUUUUUUUUUUCUACAUUGUUACCACUGUACAGAAAACCUCCACAGUUGUGGGAGAUUUUCUCAGCAGGACUGAUUGUAUAGGCGAAGAAUCUGUUUGACUGCCAGUCACCAUUACUGCCACAUCAAUCUUAACUCUACAGUAAACAAAUAAAACAUGAGGACAGACAGGCAGGAGUUGCCAGAAGGGCACGUUGAUAAAUAGUGUGGCUGCUGUGCAAACUGUUGGCUUGUUGACGCAAGAGUCGCUGGAUUUAAGACAGUAACAGUGACAUUUCACUAUGUGGCCCUGGUGUAGCAUUGUAUAGACUGGUAUUAGCAUGGUCUCGGGAGUAAAUAACAGUAUUACAGUCAUCUGACUGUAUAAAGUACAAUGUUACAGGAAUACAGAAAUCUGGCACUUGAAAAAUACUAUUAAGACCUGUAACACAGUUUACAGAUAGACUACUUAUAAAGGUGAUUAUUUGUUUAGAUAUUUUUGAAGGGAAAAGGUCGUUUUGAAUAUGUUGCAAAGAUCAUUUUAUAAAACUAGACACAACGGGUGUAAAUAAUAGCACCAUUUAAAUUAUAGUCAAUGAAUUUAAGUAAGUUGUUUAAUUUAUAUUCUGUAGAUUUGGGGGCAAAGUAAUCAAAAUGUGACUGACAGCAGCCCAGCUACUGUAAGUUACUGAGUCAGGAGGGAGUUUAUCAUGAUACUAAUUCCAUGCGAAAUCUAUAAGGUUUUGUGUAGAAAGUAACUUUCCAAACCCUGACUGUACGGUUCUGAGUGGGUUUUUAUCCCUUUACAACCACUGCAUCAGUAUGUUUUUUUGUUUGUUUGAUUGUUUGUUUUUUGUUUUUUGUUUUUUUUUUUCUUUGGUUAAAGCGGGUACAGUUAAUUACUUUACUGUUGUAUUUACCAAUUCUGAUCUCUUAUAAAGGAAAAUAUUUCCUUCA